AUGAUAGCACAGGAGACCAGACAAAGAGAGCCAGAUCAGGCACUCGUCUCGGCAUCUAACAAAGACGACGAUAAAUUUUCCCCAUGUGCCAUUCUAGGUGAAAUAGUAGGAAAUACACAGAAAGUUGGAACCACGUUGUCAAAAGCCAUUAAAGAAGUGGAUACUUAUUUAAAUGACGAUCUUUUGCCAGUUUUCACUGGAAAUAUUUGGAUUUGCCCUCUCGAAUGGUGGCGCAAACAUAGAUUUACAUAUCCAUAUUUAGCACAACUAUUCAAAAAAUAUGGAAACAUUAUGGCUACAUCGGUACCAUGCGAGAGGGUACUCAGCAAGACGGGGCUGAUUAUUAAUGAUCGUCGAACCCGGCUAGCAUCAUCAAAAGUUAAACAACUCGGAUUUUUAAACGUUAAUCUCAACAAACACAGAUUUGAAUAA